GAUAAUUUUCCAGCCCUAUACCUCACUGUCAUUCAGUGACAGUCUCCUAAACCGAUCAAAUCAGUUCAAUAAUGGAUAGCAAAACGAACAAGCACAGUGCUCGAGAUAUACGAAGUAAACAUCGUAGUCCAAAAAGACGGCUGUCCAGGUCCAGCAAAUCAACCAAAAGCCAAGAUGGAGAGUCGAAUUCAGUGUCGACUUCGAUACUUAAAGAGCAGAGUACCGCCGAAUCGAUCAACAUGGUUGAAGAGCCCGUCCAUUGCCGAGAAAUGUUGACCAAUAUGUUCUUCGACGCGCUUCUCGAAGACGCGAUCGCGGAAAAAAAGUUCGCCAAACAGAUGGAUCCCAAUAAUUUGACUACGGUAUUGUCGGAUUCGCUAACCACCAGCCAAGCGUCGACCUUGGAAUCGGGAGUAUCUACUCUUGAGAGCGAUCCAACAAAAGGAAAUAGUAACACAAAUAGCAGCAUGAUCGUAGAAAACUCGAGUGGUAUGAGCUGUGCCUCUGACUGUAUGUGUUGCUGGAAAAUCAUUUUCAAAAAUGGAAAUAUUUAUAAAGGUCAAACGAAUGGCAAUCUGAUGCACGGAAAUGGGACGUUCUUUUGGUCGAACGGAUGUGUUUAUAAAGGGCAGUUUAAAAAUGGAUAUCCUUCUGGUCGUGGAGAGAUGGUUCUUCCUGACUUGAGCGUCUACGACGGCGAUUUUUGUUUGGGAUUCUUUCACGGAAAAGGCGUUCUUAAUAUCAACUCGACACCAAUAUUUUACAAUGGCGAAUGGAACACUGGUCAACGAAGUGGUAAAGGUUGGAUGGUGUACGAUCAAAACAAUUGGUAUGAUGGCGAAUUUAUAAAUGAUAUGAGGCACGGAUAUGGAUUUAGACAGUUUAAAAAUGGUACCAAGUAUAAAGGAAGUUGGUCAAAUGAUAAAAUUAAUGGGGAAGGUUGUAUGAUUUGGAACAAUAAUGAUUACUACGUUGGCAAAUGGAGUGAUGGGUAUCAGGACGGAUAUGGGGAAUACGUAUGGAAUUUAGUCCCACAAAAUAGUUUCAGUUUUGUUAACUACAAUUGGUAUAAGGGCAAUUGGAUUACUGGAAUGCGUUCUGGAGCAGGCAUAAUGAAUUUCGGAUAUGAUAAUGGAGCUAGAUUGGCCGGAACGUGGGAGUACAAUAAAAAACACGGUCCCGGCGUAAUAUUCUGUGGCAAUGGCAUAACCGUUGAAAAAGAUCCGCUCUUCCUAGAUGACAAACCUUGUACCUAUACGAAAAAUCAGACAGAUAACAUCGAAGAAAGUUCAGAAAAAAACUUCUCGACAACCAACCCAAAGAGUGACUUCCGUACUCCAACUCAAAUAUAUAAAGAUAUAUCUCAGCAGAUCAAUACAAAGGAAAACUUGUCAUCUUUAAGCAAAGGAUCCAUAUCAAAUAUAUUAAGGAGUUCAAUCAACAUUAAAACCGGACAAUACUUAAAAUUGUUACAAACUAAUACCGGGAACGAGCCACCUUUAAAAAUUCCAAUUCAUAACGUUAUAGAAGAAGUUGAUUUGACGUAUUUCGUAGACAACAUUUUGAAAAAGUGCCUUUACGUGAACACAUCGGAAAUAAGCGAAAUCGAUCUCAAUAGCUUUGUAAAACCGUCACCAGGGAACAUUCCCGUUUCGUUAUCUUGUAUUAAUUAUCUUCCUUCCAAUCAAGAAUUCGUAACUGAUACUUUAGAAUCAAGCUUGAGCCUGAGCAGUAUUCUGGAUAUGACCGAUUUGAAAAACGUGAUUAUCAUAUAUCUACCUCAGUUAAGAAACAUAUACCGAACGUACGCCAAGCUAGGAAGUGGAGAAGAAGGAUUAAAUUGUGAACCGAUACUUGUUAGAUUGUUUUUGUGGCAGUUGUAUAGAGAUAUUGGUUUAACGGAAAAAGGAGGACUGCCGAUUGUAGAAAUAGACGAAAUUUUAAUAAGAAAUCCAAAAAGUUGCCUAGAAAGUACCCACAAUCCGUGGGAACCAAUCUAUUUUUGGCAGUUUCUCCAAGCAAUAGUAUGUGUAUUCUGUUUGAUGUAUAGUUUAAAUAUGAAUGAAGAAAUAACAACUCUCGACAGGUUCUUAUACCACACAUUCAAAGAUUUUCUAGAUACCGAAGUUUUUCCUAAAUCUGGAAAUAUUCAAGGAAACUGCUUAACCCAUUUUAAGGAUCUUGUUCCUAUCGCAUCUAUGUAUGGGUUGUACAAAGAAAUUGGAGAACCUCACUCAGUCGAAAUGUUAUUACACCAUACCUGCAUACAUAAAGGAUAUAAAAUACCUUGCUACAAACUAAUUAAUGACGAUAACGCCACAAAUGAAUAUGCGAUACAAAUUGGUAAAAAUAUGGUGACAUUAAACAACAAAGUAUAUUUUCGUGAAAAGACUCGAAUUGCGAAGCAAUAUACCGAAAAUAAGUUUGAAAACAAAAGCCUUUAUACGUUUAAUACUUUGGGGCGAAGACGUAUAUUAAAAACCAUAUCUAAAGUUUGUCCUCAAAUAGUCACAGAAACGAAGCGUUAUUGUUUAAAUUAUAAGCUAUCGUUUAUCGAAUUUUACGAGAUUAUUUUGAUAUUAUCCUAUGAGAAAGUUGAACAAAAUAGAUCAGACAUACAAACAGAAGCCCCUUCAAAACGACCUACUGGAAUAUUAGAAUCAUCAAAAUCUGUUACAAAAGAUCUCCCAAAAUCUUUACAAAGUGAUAGAGCUAUUACAAAAAAGAAAAAGAAUAAAAAAUAAUCAGAAACAGAUUGA